AUGUAUUACACAAGCCCUCUCGCUUAUCGAUUUUUAUCGAAGACUAUUUGUUUACCGUCUAAAUCAACUUUAGCUAAGAUGUACCUACCUAUGCAAACUAAAGUUAACCAGCAAAUGUGGGAUAUUUUAUCAGCUAUAAUCAAGCAUAUGUCGUCAUCUGAAAAAGAAUGUGUGCUUUGUAUGGAUGAGAUGAGUCUGAAAUUAAACUUAUCCUAUAACAGCAAGGAAGAUAAAAUAUUGGGCCUCCAUGAAGUAGAUGGGCAACAGCAACCUGUUGCCGCAGGGUAUGCUUUUACCUUAAUGCUUCGAGGUAUAACAUCAAAAUGGAAACAACCUAUUGGCUUUUCUUUCAUCUCCAGCAGUAAAAUUGAUGAUCAAUUAAAAACAUGGAUAAUUGCUACUGUGAAACGUCUUUUAGAGCUUGGCUUUAAUAUACGAGCUUUCGUGUCAGAUCUAGGAUCAGAUUUCUUGGCAUUUUCAAAAACAUUAGGGAACUCUAAAGAAAGCUCAUGUUUUGAGAUUGGUGGUCACAACAUUUACUACAUAUUUGAUGUUCCACACUUAAUGAAGUGUGUGAGAAAUAAUUUAAUAAACUAUAAUUUUGAGUUUGAUGGCAAAACUACUCGGUGGGAGGACAUAACAAACAUGUAUGAACUAGAUAAAAUGAAAGAUAUGCGAUCAGCUCCUCGUUUAACUGAUUCACAUUUACAGCCAAAUAGUUUCCAAAAACAAAAAGUUCGUUUUGCCGUUCAAGUAUUUAGCAAUUCUGUAGUAGCAGCUUUUAAAAAUUACCAAUCAUCGGGUACUCUACAAGUUGAUGAUGGUACGAUAUUUUUUAUUGAAAUGAUGAACAGCCUCUUUGAUUUACUGAAUUCAAGCAACAUCGACUCACCAAAAGCCUACAGUAAACCGUAUAGGAGUACUACUCUCCAAGAGGAAUUGCUAGAUAAAUCUCAGCGUCUGUUUAAUAGCAUGAGAGUUAAAAAUAAAAAGAAUGGCCGUGACGUUACCAAUAUCAUAAAAUUUAUAAAUGCUUUCAACAUAACAAUAAACUCAUUUCGGCAAUUAUAUCAAGAUAUGAAGUCUGAGGGAUAUGAUUACUUACUCACACGAAGAAUUAACAAUGAUUGCUUAGAAAAUUUUUUUGGGCUUGUGAGGCAAGCUGGCGGAAAUUGUCGGGAACCCUCUUGUAUACAAUACACCAGGGCAUUCCGAAAAAUGUUUCUAUGCCAAAUUCUAAAUUUAUCAGACGCUACAAACUGUACCGAAGAUUUUGAUAGCAUACUAGCCCAAUUUAUAGAAUUCGCCAAAAAUACACCUCAAACUCAAGUUUCUAUCCAGGAUCCACCUCAAACACAACCUAAAGAGAAUCUUACAAAUAUGUACGACAUUCCAGAAAAAAAUGCAUUCCACUAUAUCUGCGGUUAUUUGUUGCGAAGGUGUGUUGAAAGUCACAAGCGUGACUGCCUAUCGAUAAUUAGUUACGCAUCAUCAUAUGACGAUGAAUCAAAUGAGAAAAAUUUAUACAUUCGUCUGAGAGCUUAUGGUACUAGCCGUGAUCGCUUCGGAGGACUACAAGUCCCUCCAGAUGAUUUUGUGGAUUACAUACAUAGCUUGGAAACAGAAUUGAUGUCGAUCUUUACUUUUACUGGAAACAUUGGGUUCAAAUUGUUUGAGCAUUUGAGACUAAUAGAAUUCAACACCAAACCAUGUGCAUGCUUCCCAAUAAAUUAUUUGUUAAAUUUAUUUAUUAGGAUGAGAAUUUUUUAUAUAAUUAAGUUCAAUAAUAGAAAUUUCAAAUCCAGUAUAUCUAAAAACCGAAAAUAUUUGUCAGUUGCCCAUUUAUAA